AUGCUGCAUUUUGAGCGAUCCACAAGUGCAUCUGCUGCACGUUCAAAGAGAACCCUGUCGACGGAGAUGAGAAGACGUACAAUUGCGGAUAGUACGGUCAGAAGAUCUAGGACUACUUCAGCUUUGAGCAACUCGCACCCAGAUUCUCCAGAUUUUGAGAGUGAGUUGGGUUCCAAUAUACAAGUCUACGUACGUUGUAGAUCAAGAAAUCAAAGGGAAAUCGAAGAAAAGAGUAGUGUGGUUAUUUCGACUAUGGGUGCUCAAGGUAAAGAAGUUGUUCUAUCUGAUCCUUCUUCAGUAUUGUCUCACACCAAGAAAACUUACAUCUUCGACCAAGUAUUUGGAGUAGAAAGCGAUCAGGAAGUGGUUUUCAAUGCUACUGCGCAGAAUUACAUCCAUGAAAUGUUGCAAGGUUAUAAUUGUACUAUUUUUGCUUAUGGGCAAACAGGUACAGGUAAAACUUACACAAUGUCUGGUGACAUAAACAUACUUGGUGAUUUAGAAUCUCAAGAUAAAAUUCUCCUAGGAGAGCAUGCCGGUAUCAUUCCCAGAGUUUUAGUUAACUUGUUCCAAUAUUUAACGCGAGAAUCAACUGAAUAUUCUGUGAAGAUAUCAUUCUUAGAAUUAUAUAAUGAAAGAUUAAAAGAUUUGUUAUCACAAUCAAAGGAAACUGAAGAAUCUAUUAGAAUAUUUGAUAACCAUAUACCUAGUGGUAAUAGUAAGAUACAAAAGUCUUCAAGAAAUAAUACAUAUUCUUCAAUUAUGGUUAAGGGUAUGGAAGAGAUAUACAUAAAGUCAGCACAUGAAGGAUUACAACUGUUGACAGAAGGUUCAUUGAAGAGGAAAGUUGCGUCUACUAAAUGUAAUGAUUUAUCUUCCAGAUCUCAUACAAUUUUCACUAUUACAACUAAUAUUACUAAGAUUGAUCCCGUAUCUGGGGAACAAUAUGUAAAGAUCGGAAAAUUGAACUUGGUGGAUUUAGCAGGUAGUGAAAAUAUUAGCCGUUCUGGGGCAGAAAAUAUGAGAGCGCAGGAGGCUGGUCUGAUUAAUAAAUCCUUGCUCACUUUGGGCCGUGUCAUUAAUGCAUUAGUUGAUCAUUCGCAGCAUAUCCCGUACAGAGAAUCCAAAUUAACAAGAUUAUUACAAGAUUCAUUAGGUGGUAAAACAAAAACUUGUAUUAUAGCAACCGUAUCUCCAGCUAAGAUAUCGAUGGAAGAGACUAUAAGCACGUUGGAAUACGCCACUCGUGCAAAAUCUAUUAAAAAUACGCCUCAAAUUAACCAAUCUAUGUCCAAAGAUGUUUGUAUAAAUGAAUAUGUCCAGGAGAUUGAAAGGUUAAGACAAGAAUUGAAAGCUUCGAGGCAGAAAGAUGGGGUAUAUAUAACACAGGAACAAUUCGAUUUGUAUGAAAGUAACGGUAUUCUUGUAGAUGAACAAAAAGCUAAGAUUGUUAAUAUGGAAGAACAGAUAAAAAAAUUCAAAGAGAAAUACGUGAACCAAACGGCAAUAAAUAAAGAACUUGAGACAAGUUUAAAAAAUUCUCAAGAAUUGUCGAAUGAUUUAUUGGAUAAGCAAGCCUCUCUUAUCAGCAUAUUUGGGGAAUAUCAAUCUAAUUUCAAGCUAUUUGAGACUGAAAUCAACACUAUACAUGAAAACAACCUAAAUCUUAUAGACCUCAUAUCUACUGAACGAAAUGAUUUGCAACUAAGUUCCCAAAAAUAUUAUGACUUCUUGGUAGAAACGUUUCGAACGAUAGAGAACCAAAUGAAAUUCAUCUUACAAUCACAGACAACUUUAUCAUCAUAUAAUAUCAAAUUUAAGGAAGUCAUUGGUGGAGUUUUCGAAGAGUUGGAAGACAAUACUAUUAACUUCAGGAAGAAAAUUUUAACGGAAACUCAGGAACUUGAUUUCAGCAGUACAAUACUAAGCAUUGAAGAGCUGGACAAUUGUCUCCAAGAGAAUAUAAGGGUAUUAACAACUCCUCAAAAAGAACAGAUGGAAAAAAUUUACUCUUCACAUACAGAUAUUAUAAAAGGACUUUACAAAAGUACUAUUGGAUCAUCUGAUGAUAUACGACACAGUAUGGAGCAGUUCCUUCAAGACUUGAAUCUCAAGACAAAUGAUGCACUAGUACUGGCUAAAACCCAAUACUUGAAGAAAAUUGAAGAGCUGAAGACUUUAGUCGACACUCAGAAAGAACAAAUUCUCUCUUUGGAAGGAAAACUCACAGAAGAGAGAGAAAAAAGCAUAAAGACUGAUGAAAAAAUAUUUGAACUAGAGCAGUAUUUCAAAAAUUAUGUAGAAAAAGAGAAGGAAUCGGUUUUCGAUAGUAUUUCAAUUGCUAUAUUAAGCGCAAAGAAAAAACAUGACCAAAUAGACAGUGGAGUUCUCAGCAAGUGUAGUUCGAUAAUAAGUGACACAUUAACACAAAUAAACAAUGUUAAUGAUAUGUCAUUGAAGUCCCUGGCUCAACAGAGCGUUAACUCUUCGAAAGCUUUAAUUACUCAGUUUCAGGAUGUUGCUGAUACCAUUGAUAAAACUUCAAAAACGACGGCAUUACAGUUAGACCAAACUAUCCAAGAUGUCCCAAUUUCAAAAUCGUUUACACUGUUCAAACAAAAAUUACUGAAGAGCUGUGGCGAAGAGGCUUCCAAAACAUUAUUAGAAAUUCUCGAAGAAUUUGAGCAGGGACAACGUGAGUCUCAGUUAGCCAUUUCUAAUUGUCAAAGUAUACAAUUGAGCAAGCUGAAGCAUAUUAUAAAGGAAGAUACAAACAUCACUCAUACAAGGCUAGAAGCCAUCAAGUCUUCAACAGAAGACCUAUGCAAAUACAUUUUACAGGGAUGCAAAGACAAUAUGAAUCAAAUUUCCACAACACAAACUGACAUCAUUCAAGAUCAUACUAACGGGCUAACUUCAAUAAUGAAUGCCUUAAAACCUUACCUCGAUAAGUCUGCUACAUUGCACGAUUGUCCCGAAACGAAAGUGGAUGCGAUAGCCAGUAGAAUGGUAGAUCUACCCAAGUUUAAGAAACCUCAUAACUAUUCUAUAUAUGAGGAUUUAAAACUUUCAAGUAGAGUUGAAAAUUCAACCUCUGAAGUUAAUGACGCAAUUCCAUUAGAAAACAGGUCUCCAUCUCAUGCAACGUAUCCUGCCAUUAGAUUUAAUCCAAGUACACCGGUACCUGUACCAGAUCAACCACUGCCGAAGGUUUUAAUCCCAAGGAGUAUUAAUUCAACAGCUAAAAGGAUACAUUCUUUCUCUCCCCCUUUGAAGUAUAAUUUCAAUAAAACUCCAAAUACCACUAAUAAUUUAAAAAGACGUUUUACUUUUGAAGGUGAAGCGAAUACCAUGAGCAAAGAUGAUGAAAAUGACAGAUCAUCAAAUGAAAUGGGUGACGAAAAAGAAGCUAAGAAGACACGUUUCGAAACCGAGUCUCCAACCAAAGUUGACUGA